UAGAUACAGCCCAUUGUAUCUACUCUCACAAUACUUCAUCCGCCGGCCGAAUCACCAUCGUUUUCGUUCGAAUUUUUCGUUAAUUAUGUGCUGAUUUUGACGAUUUAUUGCUAUUCAGAUUGAUUCGGUUACGAGUUUGUGCGAUUAGUGUGUGUGUUGUUCAUCGAUCGAGAACUAGCAGCUUGAUUUCAGAUCUGUAGUGAUGGCGCAACCAGCUGUAAGUUCGGGAUGGUUGAGAGGAAAGGUAAAAGCUGUCCCGUCUGGUGACACCUUGGUGAUUAUGGGAGUUACCAAAGCAGAAAUCCCUCCUGAGAAGACUGUGGUUUUGGCCCAUCUUUCGGCUCCAAGAUUGGCACGUCGCGGUGGCCAGGAUGACCCAUUUGCAUGGGACAGCAGAGAAUAUCUCCGGAAGUUGUGCAUAGGAAAGGAUGUUGUAUUUAGAACGGAAUACACCAUUCCAAAUUUCUCUCGAGAAUUCUGCAGUGUUUUCAUCGGUAGCACAAACGUUGGAAACGAGGUUGUCACACGUGGCUGGGCAAAGGUUAAGGAGGCUAAAGGAGAGGUGACCCCUGAGCAUACCGAGCUGCUACGUCUUGAAGAACAAGCCAGACAGCAGGGCGUAGGUUUAUGGGACAGGUCUCCGGGUUCCGUUGACGCUGCUAUUAGGAACCUCCCUCCAUCUGCUGUUGGUGAUCCCAGCAAUCUGGAUGCAAUGGGCCUUUUAGCCGCUAACAAAGGCAAAUCAAUGGAAGCUAUUGUAGAGCAAGUUCGUGAUGGAAGCUCACUUCGUGUUUAUCUGCUUCCAGAAUUUCAGUUUGUUCAAGUAUUUGUUGCUGGAAUCCAGGCUCCUUCAAUGGGAAGAAGAACAACCCAAGAACCUACCAUAGCAACUGAAAUCCCAUCGGAUGAACCAAAUGGAGAAACUAACGGCGAGUCUCGUGGGCCCUUAACAUCAGCUCAAAGAGUUACAUCCUCACCAGCCUUUAAUGAAGUUUCCCCUGAUGCAUUUGGGAGGGAAGCUAAACAUUUUACUGAGAUUCGUGUGCUAAACAGAGAUGUUCGCAUUGUUCUUGAGGGUGUUGACAAGUUUAGCAAUUUGAUUGGUUCUGUGUAUUACCCUGAUGGUGAAUCCGCUAAGGACCUCGCAAUGGAGCUUAUUGAAAAUGGAUAUGCAAAGUAUGUCGAGUGGAGCGCGAGUAUGAUGGAAGAUGAAGCCCGGAGGAAACUAAAAGCCGCAGAACUUCAAGCAAAGAAGAGUAAGUUGAGGCUUUGGACAAACUACGUACCACCGGCUACUAAUUCCAAGGCCAUAUCAGACAAUUUUACCGGAAAGGUAGUUGAAGUUGUUAGCGGAGACUGCAUCAUUGUCGCUGAUGAUUCUCUUCCGUUUGGCAGUCCAGCAGCUGAGAGACGUGUUAAUCUCUCGAGUAUCAGGUGUCCCAAACUGGGAAAUCCAAGAAGAGACGAAAAACCUGCUCCGUAUGCUCGUGAAGCAAGAGAAUUGUUAAGAACACGACUAAUUGGCCGUCAAGUUCAAGUGUCAAUGGAAUACUCUAGAAAGGUCCCUCUUGCGGAUGGGUCUGCUGCUCUUGCUGGCCCUGCUGAUUCACGGGUCAUGGGUUUCGGGUCCGUCUUCUUGUUAUCUCAAGGGAAGGAAAGUGACACAUCAGCAACUCAGCAGCCAGGUGUAAAUGUUGCUGAGCUCAUCAUCUCUCGUGGGUUCGGCACAGUCAUUAGACACAGAGACUUCGAAGAAAGAUCCAAUUACUAUGAGAAUCUUCUUGCAGCUGAAUCUCGUGCUACUACUGGUAAAAAGGGGAUUCAUUCCGCUAAAGAUCCUCCAAGCAUGCAUGUCACAGAUCUCUUGACGACUUCAGCCAAGAAAGCCAAGGAUUUCCUCCCAUUUUUGCAACGUAACAGGAGGAUGACAGCUGUCGUUGAAUACGUUCUUAGCGGUCAUAGGUUUAAACUAUUUGUCCCAAAAGAAACAUGCAGCAUUGCUUUCUCGUUAUCUGGUGUCAGAUGCCCUGGUCGUGAUGAGCCCUACUCCAAUGACGCAAUUUCACUUAUGAGACGAAAGAUUAUGCAGAGAGAUGUAGAGAUUGAAGUCGAAACCGUUGAUAGAACCGGAACCUUUUUGGGAUCGUUGUGGGAAUCAAAAACUAAUGUCGGGAUCACCCUUUUAGAAGCUGGUCUUGCCAGACUUCAGACCGGGUUCGGUGCUGAUAGGAUUCCCGAUGCUCACCUUCUUUCUCAGGCUGAGCUGUCUGCCAAGAAGCAAAAAUUAAAGAUAUGGGAAAACUAUGUUGAAGGGGAGGAAGUUACCAAUGGUGCAACCAAUGAUAAAAAACAGAAAGAAGAGUUUAAGGUAGUGGUGACCGAAGUUAUUGGUGGAGGUAAGUUCUAUGUCCAGGCUGUUGCAGAUCAGAAAGUUGCAUUGAUUCAACAGCAACUUGCUUCUUUAAAUCUCAAAGAAGCACCUGUGAUUGGUGCGUUUAAUCCUAAGAAGGGCGAUCUCGUCCUUGCACAGUUUAGCGCAGAUAACUCAUGGAACCGAGCCAUGGUUGUGACUGGACCACGUGGCGCUGUUCAAACAGCUAAAGACAAAUUUGAAGUGUUCUACAUUGAUUAUGGAAAUCAAGAAACUGUUACAUACAACCAGUUACGUCCUCUGGAUCCAUCCGUAUCCUCUGCACCUGGACUGGCUCAGCUUUGCCAGCUGGCAUACUUAAAGGUACCUUCUUUGGAGGAGGAUUACGGUCACGAGGCAGCAAUGCAUUUAAGUGAACAUACACUUAGCGAGCCAAAGGAAUUUAAGGCAGUAAUUGAGGAGAGAGAUACUUCCGGAGGAAAAGUCAAAGGUCAAGGAACCGGAAAUAUUCUCUUGGUAACUUUGGUCAAUGAGGAAUCUGAUACAAGUGUUAACGCCAUCAUGCUCAAGGGAGGAGUAGCAAGGUUGGAGAAAAGGAGGAGAUGGGAGCCGAAAGACCGACAACAAAUGUUGGACGAGUUAGAAAAGUACCAGGCAGAAGCGCGUACCAAAAGGCUGGGAAUGUGGGAGUACGGUGAUAUCGAGUCUGAUGAUGAGGAAAACCCUCUGCCCGGUGCUAAGAAAGCCGGUGCUGGAAAACGUUAAGUUCGUGUUGCAGCUCGAGAUUGUGACAGAGAAGGAGAGAUAUAUAAUAUGGUCCAAAGAUAGAAAGUUGUUUUUUUUUCCGUUUUGGGAGAGUUUACUGCCUCUUUGGGCUUAAGUUUUAUUCGGUAGAGGACAUUUUUGUUUUGUUUUGUUUUGUUUUGUUGUAGUUUAAUUUAAUUUAUAGACGCUUAAUAAGGUGAGCAGUGAUGAUGUUAGAUUAUAAGAGACCAUAAGCGGAUGCUUGUUUGUGUGAUAUAAGUUACUUUUUAAGUUUCUGUA